GGACAGGAGGGGGCGGUCCGGGGCUGGCGCGCGGCGCGGCGGCUCCGCGGCUCUCAGAGAGAGCGCCUCGCUGGGUGUCGGCGCCAAGACGACGCGGGAAGCCGCCACCACAGCAGACGCCACCACAGCAGCCGCCGCCGCCGCUGGCCAAGGUGCUGGACAAGACAGGCCCGUCGGCCAGCUCGCCACCUCAGGCACCCGCUGCAGCCGCCGCUGCCUCGCUCCCACACCGGUCCCCAUGGAAGAGAUGGAAGAGGAGUUAAAAUGCCCCGUCUGUGGCUCCUUCUAUCGGGAGCCCAUCAUCCUGCCCUGCUCUCACAAUUUAUGUCAGGCGUGCGCCCGCAACAUCCUGGUGCAGACCCCGGAGUCUGAGUCCCCUCAGAGCCGUCGGGCCUCGGGCUCUGGGGUCUCCGACUAUGACUAUCUGGACCUGGACAAGAUGAGCCUGUACAGCGAGGCGGACAGCGGCUAUGGCUCCUACGGGGGCUUCGCCAGCGCCCCCACGACCCCGUGCCAGAAGUCCCCCAAUGGCGUCCGCGUGUUUCCCCCAGCUAUGCCGCCACCCGCCACCCACCUGUCACCGGCCCUGGCCCCGGUGCCCCGCAACUCCUGUAUCACCUGCCCCCAGUGCCACCGCAGUCUCAUCUUGGAUGACCGGGGGCUCCGCGGCUUCCCCAAGAACCGUGUCCUGGAAGGGGUGAUUGACCGCUAUCAGCAGAGCAAAGCCGCGGCCCUCAAGUGCCAGCUCUGCGAGAAGGCGCCCAAGGAGGCCACGGUCAUGUGCGAACAGUGCGAUGUCUUCUACUGCGAUCCAUGCCGCCUGCGCUGCCACCCGCCACGGGGACCCCUAGCCAAGCACCGGCUGGUGCCCCCGGCUCAGGGCCGCGUGAGCCGGAGACUGAGCCCGCGCAAGGUCUCCACCUGCACAGACCACGAGCUGGAGAACCACAGCAUGUACUGCGUGCAGUGCAAGAUGCCCGUGUGCUACCAGUGUUUGGAGGAGGGCAAACAUUCCAGCCACGAAGUCAAGGCUCUGGGAGCCAUGUGGAAACUGCACAAGAGCCAGCUCUCCCAGGCGCUGAACGGACUGUCAGACAGGGCCAAAGAAGCCAAGGAGUUUCUGGUACAACUUCGCAACAUGGUCCAGCAGAUUCAGGAGAACAGCGUGGAGUUUGAAGCCUGCCUGGUGGCCCAGUGUGACGCCCUCAUCGAUGCCCUAAACAGAAGGAAAGCCCAGCUGCUAGCCCGUGUCAAUAAGGAGCAUGAGCACAAGCUGAAGGUGGUUCGAGAUCAGAUCUCUCACUGCACCGUGAAACUGCGCCAGACCACAGGUCUCAUGGAGUACUGCUUGGAGGUGAUUAAGGAAAAUGAUCCUAGUGGCUUUUUGCAGAUUUCUGACGCCCUCAUAAGGAGAGUGCACCUGACCGAGGAUCAGUGGGGGAAAGGCACACUCACGCCGAGGAUGACCACGGACUUUGAUUUGAGCCUGGAUAACAGCCCUCUGCUGCAAUCCAUUCACCAGCUCGACUUUGUGCAGGUGAAAGCUUCCUCUCCAGUCCCAGCAACUCCCAUCCUACAGCUGGAGGAAUGUUGCACCCACAACAACAGUGCUACACUGUCCUGGAAACAGCCACCUCUGUCCACGGUGCCCGCGGAAGGAUACAUUCUGGAGCUGGAUGACGGCAAUGGUGGUCAGUUCCGGGAAGUGUAUGUGGGGAAGGAGACGAUGUGCACCGUGGAUGGUCUUCACUUCAACAGCACAUACAACGCUCGGGUCAAGGCCUUCAACAAAACAGGAGUCAGCCCGUACAGCAAGACCCUGGUCCUCCAAACGUCCGAGGUGGCUUGGUUUGCUUUCGACCCUGGCUCAGCGCACUCAGACAUCAUCUUCUCCAAUGACAACCUGACAGUGACCUGCAGUAGCUAUGAUGACCGGGUGGUGCUGGGGAAGACUGGCUUCUCCAAGGGCGUCCACUACUGGGAGUUAACGGUAGACCGCUAUGACAACCACCCGGAUCCUGCCUUUGGCGUGGCUCGCAUCGACGUCAUGAAGGAUAUGAUGUUAGGAAAGGACGACAAAGCUUGGGCAAUGUAUGUGGACAAUAACCGGAGCUGGUUCAUGCACAACAACUCGCACACCAACAGAACUGAAGGAGGAAUCACAAAAGGGGCCACCGUUGGGGUCCUCCUCGACUUAAAUAGGAAAACCUUGACAUUUUUUGUCAACGAUGAACAGCAAGGCCCCAUAGCAUUUGAGAAUGUGGAGGGCAUGUUCUUCCCCGCAGUCAGCCUGAACAGGAAUGUGCAGGUGACGCUUCACACCGGGCUCCCAGUCCCCGACUUCUACUCCAGCAGAGCAUCAAUAGCCUAAGGAUGUGCCCUGGAGGUGCCAGCUGCCUGUUCUUACCUCCGCCUGAGAGCCUGAGCCACGGCGGGAGGCAGAGCUGGCAGGAGAGGGCGAAGGAGGAGAGAAAAGCUGGUCCUCCACCGUGGUCACACCCAAGCUCUGCCCCCUUUCCUUCCAAGCCCUCCUCUGCUGUCACGCCUGCGUCCACCUCCACGUCCAGCAGUUCUAACCAACAGAGGACCUAGACCGCCCACCACGUCACUUCCUUCCCACUCCUAGAUUUUGCUUUUAUUUAACUUAAUUUUUUAUGUAGGUGACUUAUCUUUUGUUUCUUUUCUGAUCAGGUUAUUGGUGACUCACUGAAAUGUCACUGCUAAGAGAAAAUUCUCUUGCUAACUUUUCUCUUAAGCUUUCUGUCAAAAGCAAAAUUAUAGGGAGAGGUAACAAGCUGAACUUGGAGCUUGCAGCUCACCUCCUAGAAUGUUCUUGCCCUGUUCCUCUCAUGCAGUAUCAGCUCUGCAUAGCUACUCUUUGGGAGGUGGGCAGAGUGAAUCUAGUAUUGAGAAGUUUUACUACCCAUUGAAGCACAAAACUAUCAGCUACACAGGUUCACGGCAGGGUAGGAUCAUUAGGAUAACUCUAUAAUUAAGAGGAGCCAGAAAUCCUGGCCACUGUAUAAAAUGAGAAAGUCUCUAGACAUAGGCAAACCAGGGGAUUUAAUGAUUUGGUUCAUUUAUUUAAUACAAGCUUUUAACUGAGAACCUACUAUGGACCAGGCACUGUUCUAGACACUAGAACACUGUGUUCUAGACACUGUGGGGAAACAGUGGUGAACAGACAGGCAUAGUCUCUUCCCUUCUGAAGCUUAUAUUCUAAUAGGAGAACAAAGCAAAAAUAAAAUAAUUAUAUAUUGUUAUAGGUAGUAGAAAGGAAAUAGGCAAGGGUCAAAGAGGCUCAUUGCAAGAUCUUUCAGGUUUCCUAUUAUAGAAUGAUGCUAAAAAUCCACACAUUCUGGCCAUAGCACCAGAAACGUACCAACUCAAUGCCUUUUCAACUGCUCUACUUUAAUUAUGGUACCUGCUGCCACACAUCACAGAGCCCUUCUUUGGUAGAAAUGAUGUCAGCAUUCUUAUUUGUUAAUGCUGCAAUGAUACUAAGCCUUAAAAACACACGGUUAAAAAAAUAGUGAGCAGAGGUCAGAGGACCCGUUCUCAGUAAUGGGGGAUAGUGAGUUGCAGUCCACAGCGUCCACAUUCUCAGGAUAAACAUGCUUAUCUCCAUAUAGACUGUGCCUGUUACAAAUGACAAAUCCAUCCACUCUGCUGCCAAUCACAGCCUGACUUUCUGGAGUAGUCCAAAUGAUGUUGGGAAAACAUGGUCUUGUAUGUCAUUACUAUGACAGAUAGAAUAAUAAUGCAUAUGACUUCUAUAUAGAGAUCGACUCACAGAAGUUACUCUUCAGAUUCUUUAGUUUGACAUGAAUUUUUAGGAAACGUAGAACCUGGAAAAAAGGUCUUAUUAGUUGUCUAAAUAUUUUCCAGUGAGCCAAGACAUUGACCAUGAAAAAACAAGAAUAACAUAUAGAAGAGAUAGGAUGGGAAAGCUAACAAAUUAAAGUUUUGGCAAAAAGUAAUAUAUGUAAAUAGCUAAUUAAUUUACUUUUGUUCUUUAUUUAGAUUAUUUCUAUCAGUUACAAUCAGUUUUUCUAGUUAGUUGUACCUAAUUUAUUGAAUGGGUGCUAUCCUGUUUAUGUCUAUUUUGGUUUUUCUUAGCUACAGGCAAACUCUGUUGCAGGGCAACACUAGUUUGAUAUUUGAUUUACGCUCCAAUGAGACUCGAUGGCUGGGCCGCUGUAGACUCACAGUUACUCUUGUUCUUUAUUAAAUUCAUCCUGCUAAUUAGAUUUCUAGUGACUUGUAACAUGUAGUUUACACUGAAUUGCAAUUAUAGAUGCAUACAGCUACUGUACUAAAAAAUUGUCAGUUCGGGUGUGCCAAUAAAUGAUUUUUAUGAGCGAA